AUGAAUCGACGAUUCCAACCAUUAGCAAUUCUAAUACCAAGCGUAGCAGCUACAUUGGGUAUCGCUCAUUUGAUUCAACGGCAACGAAAAAGUCCUUCGAAUGAAUCAGAUGCAAGUGGAAACAAUAUCACUAAACUAUCGUCAAAAAAACUUGACUCACAACAUGAUUUAACUGAUAAGUUUUUAAAAAAUAAAGAUAAUAAUAUAUAUAUACCAAUUGAAUUAACUGAUGCAGUCAUAACUACAAUUUAUCAACAAGCUUUACAAUAUAUAAAGCAAACUCAUUCAAAAAAUGCUCAUAUACGUGAACGUGGUCUUAGUCAUUUAGCUAAAUUAAAUAAUCUACCUUCAAUAUAUUAUUCGAUUAUUGGUCAACAGCUCGAUUAUCACACAGCUAUUCAAUUAGCUCGUACUUGCGAAGCAAAUUCAAAUUUAUUUCCUAUUGGUCCACCAUAUAUAUUUUUAAUUGGAAAUAAAAAAGUACUUGCUACUGGUAGUGUCGACAAUGUAAACGACGAUGAUGUACUUCUACAUACCAUAAGAAAAUUUCUUGACAACUUAUUCGAUAAAAAAAACCGUCCAUUGGAUAUAUUAAGUCAUCAUUAUCUACAAUGGUUUAAAUCCUAUAUGGAUGAUGUCGAUUCUAACACAGCAUUUGAUCUUGUUCAUCAUUUCGAAUCUGAACAUGCUGACUUAUCAUCAAAAGCUAUCAAACGGUAUCGAUCGAAUCUUGAACUCUAUUCAAUAUUUCUCUAUGCUCUUCGGGGUUAUGCCGACCGUUAUCCACUUGAUGUCAUUCAUUUUAAUGGCUUACAAAUAUUAAAAUAUUUAUAUGAAAAACGAAAAGAAAACAUAACAUUUGUAAGAUUUAUUGAGAAAAUUCUUCUUUUACUAAGUCGUGACCAUCGAACACAUGAAGCAUUCUAUGCCGUUGGUUGGGUAAGAAUUCUUCAUGACAUGUUAUUGGACAAGAAUAAUAUUAUUUAUUCGUUGAUGGCUUCGACUAUUCUAGCAAAUCUUGAUCGUUGUAUACCUGACAAUACAUCAAUUAACGACGAGAAAAUUUUUAUCAACAAAAAUGUCAAACCAUUAAAUUUAUCAUCGGAAAUUACUGACACGGAAUUGAAUGAAGCAGAACAAAAAACUGACGAGAAAAAAGAAAUGACGUUUGAAAAGGAACCCCUAUCAAAAAACUUAAGCAUCGUCAAUAGACUGCUACGUUAUCUAUGGUAUAAAAGAUCAGUGUCUGAUGAGGAUGAUGAAGUAGAAAAUAAUAAAGCUCUUGAUAACCAUAUCGAGAAGAAAAUUCUUUCACUCGAUAUUGAUGCAAGUCAUUCAAUAGAACAGACCAAUAAUACAAAUCUAAAAUCAACGUCGAUUCCAUCAUGGAUUAAUGAUCAAGUCUAUGGUGAUAAAGUCAUUUUGUUCAGUCCGACUGUGUAUAAUGUUCAACAAAUGGAUCCUGAUGCACGAUGGCAUCAAGAACCGAUCGUUGAUGUUAUAUUCUUUCAUGGUUUAGCUGGUUCAGCUUUUAAAACAUGGCGACAAGAAUCUGCACAUACAGAAGAUAUAAAACCCAAAGAAAAAUCGACAGUAGUCGUUGCACAAACUGAAGAAGAAAACGACGAACUAUUGGAGAUUAGUGAAGAAACAAAUUGGGAUACAUCGAGAAUGACUAGUGCUGUGCCACCUCCUUCUAUUCCUAAAAUGAAUCAAGAUGAGCCAUCAUUAUGUUGGCCAAAAGAUUGGUUAAGUGAAGAUAUUUCAACGUCACAUAUACGCAUGUUAGCUGUUGAUUAUGAAUCAACAGUUUCCGAAUGGCAAAUGCGUUCGAUGCCAAGACACAUUAUUCGACGAUCAAUGCAUGACCGAGCGAAAGAAAUCGCUGAACAACUAAAACAAGCCGGAGUUGGAAAACGACCGAUUAUAUGGGUAGCACAUUCAAUGGGUGGAUUGUUAACAAAAUAUAUUUUAACAGAUGAAGAUAAUGAAGAAAUAAGAUCAAAUACGCGUGCGUGUGUUUUCUUUUCAGUACCACAUUUUGGUGCUGAAUUGGCAUCAUUUGGUAUACGCCAUGCAUUUAUCGUUCGGCCAACCGUUGAAAUCGAAGAAUUACAACCCAAGAGUAAAAAUCUUCUAAAUUUACAUGAAAAAUUUCUUGAAAUUCUUAAAAAACAUGACAAUAUAAAGAUAUUAAGUUUUGCUGAAAAUGAAAAAACGACAUUUUCAUUACGCUAUCAAACUGUUAUCGUGCCAGCAGAAAGUUCGCAAAUAAAUAUCGGAAAAUUCUUUAUAUUAAAUAAAAAUCAUAUUUAUGUGUGUAAGCCAAAUUCAAAAAAUACUAUUGAAUAUCAAGAAUUACUCGAUGUUAUACAAACAAUUUAUUAUCAACGCAAAAGUGAACUUAAAAGUCAGCAAAUGCAAUUAACGGAAGAUAUCCUAAAUAAUUUAUAUUCCUUUUCAUCUCCUAUAGAAGAUGAUGUACAAUAA